AUGGAGGUGGUGGAGUGCCUCCUGUUCCCGGACAUCACAGGAUGGAACAAUUUCACUUUGGUCGAAGAGCCCUUUCUUCCAACGGUCAAAGAGCUGGACCACAUGGAGGCACCCGAGUCCGCCGCGAGGUGGCAUGUUUGGACACUGAUAAUGCUUGGCAUCGCCUUGGUUGUGGCGGUCGCUGGCACGUUAAUCCUGAAAUGCGCUGAACGGGGUCCGGGACGACCAGGAGGCGAGUAUGCUACGGUGAAGGUGGCCUCCCGUGUGGUCUCCCUUGCAGAGGAAGAGGACAGAAAAGUCGAUCGAUCCGCUGUGACCAUGUCCUUCCAACCUCGGACUCUCAAGGUGUUCCUUGCGAUCUCUCUGAUGAUCACUUUCUCUACCAGCUUCGCCGUCUUGGCCUGGAGCAGCCGCACGGGGAGGCUGUCGAAAGACUAUGGUGCCGACUGGGAGGCGAUGUUGAAUCUUUGA